AUGAAUUCGGGCCCGCUGCAGUAUCAUCGCAGCACAAAGUUGGACACCAGGGGGAUGUACCUUGAAAGAGGCGAGAGCCCGGCGAGACUCUCUGGUUUGGCAGAGCCCUUGCUGAGCCGCUUUGACCUGGCAUUGGCCCUGCGAAGUCAAGGUGGCAACGAGGAAGGGAUUAUCACUUCUAUCCUGGAUGCCAGUGACCGUGAUGCAGGUCAAGUUCCAGGAAGUUUGGAGCCAGCGCGAGUGAAGGAUUUCAUCGUUGUGGCCAAGCAAUCUAGUCUUUCGGAGACGGCCGAUGAUGCAUCCUCCCUGUUGGACGCAUAUUACCGGAAACUCCGAAGAGGCAACACUACUGCUGUGCUGUCGCCGCGCCUGUUGGAGAGCCUCAUCCGCCUCGCUCGAGCGCAUGCGCGGCUCUUGCAGCACGAUACCAUUCGACGUGAAGAUGCGAUUGCGGUGAUUUUUCUUCACCAGGUUGCAUGGAGGAGCCAUUCCGAGACGGAUCAGGUCCUGUUCCAUUUUGGCCCACUUUGUCCAGAGCAUCUCUCGCGCUUGGACAUGGGAAGCGACAUCACAUGUCGAAAAGACUACGAGGUUGUGGAAGGAGCAAUUCUCUGGUUCCUGGGCUUUCACAAGGACAGUGGCGUGGCACCGACAUCAUCAGGCCGCCUAGGCUGCGAGAGCAUCAAACCUGCACCAGCGCAAAGUUUCGUGCCACAAGUUCGGCGGAAAGCCAAGCGUUCUCACAUUCAGGAGCCAACGGCAGCGCAGCUGAGGUUUCUAUGCAGGCGUGAUGUGAUGCAGAACCGACAUAUCUCGUGUGAUCCGAAAGACCAAUUGCGGCCGCAGAUUCACUCUUUUGGAUCUUUUGGUGGCAGGGAUUUUGCAAAGAGGUCAAAUUUGACGCCUGACGAAGAUGAUCCUUCUUGGUUCGACCAGAGAACAGAUUUUGACCAAAGAAGAGAUCCGCCCCAUUUGUGUGAUCCGAAAGACCAAUUGCGGCCGCAGAUUCACUCUUUUGGAUCUUUUGGUGGCAGGGAUUUUGCAAAGAGGUCAAAUUUGACGCCUGACGAAGAUGAUCCUUCUUGGUUCGACCAGAGAACAGAUUUUGACCAAAGAAGAGAUCCGCCCCAUUUGUGUGAUCCGAAAGACCAAUUGCGGCCGCAGAUUCACUCUUUUGGAUCUUUUGGUGGCAGGGAUUUUGCAAAGAGGUCAAAUUUGACGCCUGACGAAGAUGAUCCUUCUUGGUUCGACCAGAGAACAGAUUUUGACCAAAGAAGAGAUCCGCCCCAUUUGUGUGAUCCAAAAGACCAAUUGCGGUCGCAGAUUCACUCUUUUGGAUCUUUUGGUGGCAGGGAUUUUGCAAAGAGGUUCGACCAGAGAACAGAUUUUGACCAAAGAAGAGAUCCGCCCCAUUUGUGUGAUCCAAAAGACCAAUUGCGGUCGCAGAUUCACUCUUUUGGAUCUUUUGGUGGCAGGGAUUUUGCAAAGAGGACUGAUGAGGAAGAUCAGCACCCUUGGUUUCGCAGCAUCAUGGCAGCCAAGAGGCUCAAUGUGGCAGUCGCAGCCGCAGGGGGUCACUUGCUGCGGGAGACCUUGGAUCAGGUGCAGGUGCCACGCUUUGCAAACAGCAAGACUCCAGCCUGCAAGCUCUCUGUGCGAGUGCUCUCGGCCUCGCUACCGGGUUUGCCCGCUCCGGGCAACUUCACACGUAGCCGUCCUUUCUUUCAGCUCAACGUGGGUUCUGUGGAGAAGGACACGGAGCCAGCGGACUACAAUCCCAACAGCACGCGCUCAGAGAAGGCAGCAGGGGCGGAGGGUACACAAUAUCCUUGGCGCUUCGACGAGCAGGUGACAUUCACUGUGACUACUGAGGAUUUGUCUGGUCCUGGACUGAAGCUACGCCUUCGAGUCAUCAGUGACACACAGUUUGGUUUCUUGCAAUUUUCUGGUAGACCAGCUGACGUCGGUGAGGCAACACUAGAUUUGCAGAAGCGAAUUCUUCCAUCGUGCUUGCAGCAAACGCUGAAGUCGGACAAGCGACGCUGCGUUUGGUGCAGUCCAGUGGUGCCAGUCCCAUUGGCUCACAUAAAAGGAGGAUUGCUGGGCGCUGAAUGCAAGCUGGGAGAGGCGAUUGCGCAUGUCGCAUUGCUCUUCAGUUUGGAUACGGACCCUGACUACCUCUUGGACCUCACGCGGCCAUCGACGUUGAAGCUUCAGCAGACUCUUCGGGAGAGUGCUGAUGAGAUGUCGCGGUUUAUAGACAGCCUGCCUGCAGCUCCACCCUGCUGUUGUCAGCCGUACAUGGGCGAUAUAGACCCAUUGGACGUGGAUGCAGCAGUGGGCCGUGCUGCGCUUCGGGCCUGGAGUGUAGCAGAGGUGCAAAAUCCUUUGCCUGCACCAGAGCUAUCGCCCGAGAAUUGGGUGAGCACCACAGGUCCCAAUGGCCGGCGCUACUGGCACAACCUGGCGCUGGGCCCACCUCCUUGGGAGGAUGCGGAAUCACCGCGGUCCCGGCCAAGCAUCCCAAGCCCCGAUGAGAAGCCGAACGGCUGGAUUUACCACGAAGGCGCAGAUGGCCGUCGCUUUUGGCAUCAUGCUGACCUCGGUCCUCCGCCGUGGGAAAUCAUGGCUAAGGUAUCAAGUGGAUCCUUGGGAUCAGGCAAAAUGCAAAGAUUAGAAGUGUAG